AUGGGAAAUACAGAGAGUAAUGUAACCAGUGGCGUGAAGAAGCAGGCUGGCACGUCCACACAGAAGUUGUACAAAUUAAUAGACUUAAAAGGUGGUGGAUUACUAGUAGACAUGAUGAAGCGAGCAGUUCAGAACAAGCAGUAUGCAGAGAUCGAUCAUGCUAUUAAGACAAAAGUGGAGCCAUUCCUGUAUAACAGAGGCAAGGGACGGUACAUACCGAUAGCACAUCUGGUAUUGUUAAGGAAUAAGGAGCGAGCGAGACAUAAGCUGUUACCACCGCUGAGAGGCAUGGAGAACCCUGACGAGGAGUUCGACAUAGACAAAGACUGGCCUAACGUGACACAAGAGGAGUAUGACGCCAACCCCUCAGGAUUUAGGGAACUCUGCUGGGAUUUAAAGGAACGUGGUGCCGUGGGGGAGACAAUCCUUCAUCUCUGCUUGCUGAAUGCAACAUCGCUGCUCGCAGACUUGGCGAAACGACUCCUACGCUUCUAUCCAAAGAUGAUUAACGAUAUUUACAUGAGCGACGAAUAUUAUGGUGAGAGUGUUCUCCAUAUGACUAUUGUCAACGAGGACCCAACAAUGGUGAAGUUUUUAUUAGACGCUGGAGCUGAUUAUCACGAGCGAUGCUUUGGUAACUUCAUGUGUCCGGAAGACCAAAAAGCGUCCAGAUCAGAUUCGUUUGAUCACGAAUGGGUUAAUGUUCAGCCAGAUACGAAUUAUGAAGGCUACGUGUACUGGGGAGAAUAUCCACUGAGCUUUGCUGCCUGUCUUGCGCAAGAAGAGAGCUAUAGACUCAUUUUGGCUCGAGGAGCAAAUCCAGACAAACAAGACACAAAUGGAAAUACUGUGUUACAUAUGCUUGUUAUAUACGAUAAAGUGAACACAUUUGAUAUGGCGUAUGAAGUUGGGGCAUCAUUGAACAUCAGAAAUGUAAGGAACCUUACGCCUUUGACCCUGGCAGCUAAACUCGCCAGGACCGAGCUCUUCUUCCACAUCCUGAACAUAGAAAGAGAAAUAUAUUGGCAAAUUGGGGCAACAACCUGUGCUGCGUACCCUUUGGGGCAAGUUGAUACUAUUGAUACCCAGACGGGGCUCAUUAGUAAGGAUUCGGCGUUAAAUUUAGUUGUCUUUGGGGAAAAAGACGAACAUCUCGAACUUCUGGAAGGGAUGUUGAUAGAUCUACUAAAAACAAAGUGGAAUACAUUUGUAAAAUUUCGUUUCUAUCGGCAAUUUAUUCUGUUUGCCUGUUAUUUCGUCGUGUCUCUCGUCUGCUUCACACUGCGACCUGGGCCGCCUGACCGGGCGCUGAAUUCCACUGUAGUGAAUACUACAGUAGCAUCUAUUACUAAUAUUGUUGACGCUGAAGUGACUCCUGAAGUUGAAAACUGUACUCUAAUCCGUAUAGCUGAGAAACUGGCUGUCGAGGUUUUUAAUAGAAGCAAAGUCAAUGAAACCAAGUGUGGACAUUUUAAGAGUCAUCCCAAAGCUAAAACAAAGGAGACAGAUAUGGAGGGCUGGUGGGAGGAUCUAACUGAAGAGUGUAGAUUGAUGAACUUCGAUUCUUCGCAGGCUAAGGUAAGAAUAUGCACGGAACUAAUGUUAUGGCUCGGAGCCCUCAUAUAUAUCGCGGCAGCUCUACGAGAAGCCAGGUUUCUUGGAUUGAAGAUGUUCUUUGAGAAUUUGAGUACGGUACCAUCCAGAGUAAUGUUCCUGUUCUCUUGUAUCUUAAUGGUCAUUCUGCCUUCUCUUCGCUUAUGGUGUGCUGAUGAAGCUGAGGACCAUCUGGCCGUGAUCAUUAUGCUAACAACUGCACCUUAUUUCUUGUUCUUUUGUCGUGGUUUCAAAACGGUUGGUCCAUUCGUGGUGAUGAUUUAUAGAAUGGUGAUGGGGGAUCUAUUGAGAUUUGUGUGUAUUUAUCUGGUCUUCGUUAUGGGAUUCUCGCAAGCGUACUAUAUAAUAUUUCUAUCCUUCGACAAUCCAAAUACACCCGAAGGAGUCGAUGAUUCGGUCUCGAACCCCAUGCCUUCCCCGAUGGAGAGCAUCAUGGCGAUGUUCCUCAUGUCGUUGACGACUUUUUCGGAUUACUUCAGCGCCUUUGACAGAACUGCGCACGAGACUGAGGCCAAGCUCCUCUUCGUCAUCUACAUGAUACUCGUUGCCGUAUUGCUAGUGAACAUGUUAAUCGCCAUGAUGGGAAACACAUAUCAGAAGAUCGCGGAGACUCGUAACGAAUGGCAGAGACAGUGGGCCAGAAUAGUUCUAGUUGUGGAAAGGGGUGUUCCGCCUGCGCAACGGUUGAAGCAACUCAUGACCUACAGCCAGCCUAUGGCUAGCGGAAAGAGAGCUUUAGUGUUACGGAUUAAUCAAAAGGAUGAAGACAAAGAAGAGAUGAAAGAAAUUCUAGAAAUGAAGCGAACACAUCAGCGUAUUGUCGCAAAGAGGAAGCAACGGGAGAUUGACUUGAAGAAUGGUCCAAUCGCGUCACCGAUACGAAACUAUCCUCUUAGAAAAUAG